AUGGAUCUUCUAAACACGAUUCGCAAAACAGGCUCCCGCGGCGGCGCCACCUUCUCCUGGGACGACGUCGCCAGUUCGUCCCACCGCGAGAACUACCUAGGCCACAGUCUGAAAGCACCCGUCGGUCGAUGGCAAAAGGGCAAAGAUCUAAACUGGUACGCAAAGGCCGACGCCGCGCCUGCCGAUUCGGCAGAGACAGACGAGGAGCGACUAGCAAGAGAACGUAAAGAGGAGCUGCGAAGGAUAAAGGAGGCCGAGGAGGAUGCGAUUGCUCGGACGCUAGGGCUGCCGAUACCACAAAGGAAGACGACUGGUGCCAAUGCGGUCGACGUUGGCCAACAGAGGCAAAUAGGGGCCAGGAGUGGACCAUCGCUUGGCGGUGAUGGCGGAGAAGGCGUAGUCGAGAUCGUGAGUCAAGGCGACAUCGGAGCCGCGAUAGACAUGAGCGUGAUCGAGACGACGAGACGCGACCUCGGCCAGAGAGGAAUCGAAGCCGAAGUCGCGACAGACGGUUUAAUCGCCGUGAGGAUCGAGACAUUGAUGCCAGGGACAGACGGCGGCGACAAGUGGGUAGGGGCAGGGAUCAUUACCUUGAGCGCAGCCGGAGCCCACGGCCAGCACGACAAGACGACUGGAGAUGACGGAUAUGCGAUUCAAGCAACCGAAUGGGAGAUGGCUUGA